GAGAAUGGUGUGACGCGCAGGCGCCAAAACGACAUUUCGCGAUCGCGUCGCCCCAACGACAAGUGAUUCCCCCACACACACAUGUUGCCGGUUACCUCAAACCCGUCGAUCGAAAAAAAAACAUAUAAAAAACAGGCUGAAAGGUGGCAAAACGCUGUGAGAGGGAGAAUCGUCGCGAAAGGGUCCUCUCGACUAAAUGGAAAGUAUUUUGCCUGAAAACACCUAGUGCUAGUCUCGUCACAACCGGUUCACACGUUCUCUAAUCCUCCAAGAUUCAUCAAAAAGAAUAAAAAUCCCAGUGAAGUGAAGUGAUAAUGAAAGCCCUCAGUCUGAUAGCUCCAGAGUUCCCAUCGACGUUGACCCCUGAAGAGUGAAAUGCCAAAAGUUAAAGCGUGAGAAAGAGAAAAAAAUUUUUGAUUGACAAACGGAAGUGCCAACCGGCAACAAAGAGGGUUCCAAGCCCCUGAGUAAUCGAGCAAUGGCUUCCAUCAAUGGAAACACAGGGGAUCCAGUUCCUCAGUGGAAGAGGGAGUUGAUUCAGCGACGAAAGCAGCAAAAUAGACCCCCAGGGUGUGUCUCCAACAUCUCCAGCAGCAUCUCGAGUACCUGCAAUCUGUCAGAUGCACCUGUGGAGGUGAUAGAUACUGGUAAAGACUCGGAAAAUGGCAUAACAGAUCCACCAAAUCCAAAUAUCCCGGAGUCACAGGCCAACGCUCAGUCAACUCCAGGUUUAAUCCAAAGUAUUUCCACUGGAGGCGCCACAGGAGUUCGUGAGUUGACGGAGAGUCAAUCUGUCGGUGGUAAAUCAGUCGCGUGCAAGAUGCACCUCGAGGCGAAUGGUUCAUGUCCUCUGGAGGACACACCAAAGACCCUCAAGUCACAAUCUGUCGAUCUAGAUCCUCAAAAGCCACUAAAAAUUUAUCCAAGACUGGAGUCUGAUAUCUGCAGAACCAGGAUGACAGCACCCCUCGAGGAUUUUGAGAGUGACAGCUCCGAGGAGCUUCAGUAUGGCCCUGGAAUCGUCAACAAACUCAAGAGCAAGUACCUAAAUCUCACCCUGAGGGAGAUGAACAAAAGUAGAACUUCAGUUCAGAGAUUUCGAAGGGCAGCGAGUCUCGAGGAUCUCCUAGACAGCGACGAGGGGGACAAAACCACCAGGAAAUUCACCAAGAAGAGUCCUGGAGUUUCUGUGAAGAAUGAGAGGUACAGGAACUCCUCCAGGGGUAAUGACUCCAUGAAAAGAGCACGAAGUGUCGAGACUCUCAUGAGGUAUCAAUCUGUCGAGGAGGAGAAACAGAAAUUUAUGGGAUUCCAGAAGGACUCCAACGAUCACAUCGUCCUCAUCGACAGGACGACUGUCAAUAUCGAGAGUAGAUUGAAGGAUCGGCCAAAACCUCUCAAUAAACCCAAGAGGAUUAAACCUCUGCUGGCUGACACCGAGAGACCACCACCCGAUCUCGUUAAAACCACCAUGAGGAUCUUCGAGGGCUCUGUCAAGAAGCUCAAGCCUAAAGGUGAUGUUGCUGUCAAGGUCGCAACAUUUAAGACGAUUAAUGACACUUUUAAGGCACAAACUGCCAAGAAAAUUCAGAAACCACCCCUCCAACCUAAGCCUUUCAUGAAUGGAGGAGUCAAGGUCGUCUCCAAGAAGAGAGAUGAUUUUGUCAAGUGUUUGGAGGGUAGUGAGACCCUGGAGAAGAGAAAUGGAGUGGAGAGUGAGACGAUUGUUCAGUCGGUUUCGUCGGUUGUUGAAAAGUUCCAGAAAAUUGAGAAGUCGUCGUCACCGGAGCCCAAUAAAUUCAGGUUUUCACCGAGUCCUGAACCCUCCAGGGGGACUGCCAGAGCUGUGCCAAUAGUCUUAUGUCCUUUAGGUUCUAAGAGGGAUAAAAAUUCGGGGGGAGGUACGAGUGAGGGCUGUCAGGAGAAAUUGGAGGUCAAGGACGAGAGGGAAUCCUCUGGGGAUGGUGAAGAUCCGGAGGAGGAGGUCAAGGGUGAUGACAAGGAGGUGAUAGACUGUGAGAGUGAGGGGGUCGAUGGAGACAAGGGGGAGAGUGGGGAAAUUGGGGAAAAGGGGGAGAAUAGGGAGAAUAAGGAGGAGAGGAGGGGAAUUUUUGAGAGUGAAGUGGAGGUGAUCUUCGAGGAAAUGGAGAAAAAUUGCUCUGGGGGUCAGGGUGUCAAGGAGACAGGGGGAAAUUCUCCUCAGGGUGUCAAAGAGACUGGGGGUAGUUUUCCUGAGGGUCUGGAGGAUGUGGAGGUGAAUCAUGAGGGAUUCAGGGGGGAGAAAGAGCCUGAGACCUGGAAGGAGGACAAACCCCUUGGGGCCAUAUCCAGUUUGGGAGUGAUUAGGACCUCAAACCCUGCGCCCAAGGAGCAGAAAUGUGGCAAGAAGGUCUCCUCACCCAUUCCUAAACAAAUUGGUAUCAUUCGUCCAUUGGUAUCGGUCAAACAGCCACAGCCACUCAGCAAUCGGGAGAUGGAGAAGAAUUUGAUUAAUAGGGUGAAGAAUAUUGAACAGCCAACGAAGGUUGUCGUCAGUCUCAAGAGUGCUGAGGAAAUUCAGGGUAAAAAAAAUUCACCUGGGGAGGGGGCAGGCAGUGGACUGUGGGAUACUAAACCGUGGAAUCAGCAGAAUAAUACAAUGGUUUUCAACUUUAGUAAUAGGAAGGAUGUGCCGGAUUAUAUCGAGAAUGAUGGACUCAUUAUCAGGAGAAAGAGGGAUAAGCCUAAGGUGGGAGAUGGUGGGAUUAUCGUCCUGGAUGCCACUUUGGAUGCCUCGACCACUGAUGAAGGCGAUUGGGAAAUGUCCAGAGGACCCCCUUCACCCUGCGAUGUCCUCUUCACGAACGACAACGUCUUGAUUAAUGGGCGCAGUAAUCUGAUAAGGACCCCGAGAAAUCACAAGAAUCGGAUACAGUUUAAUGAUGAUGCUACCAGAACAUUUGAAUAUCCCAGUGAAGCUUCGAUGCUAGAAGAUGAUGCCAGUGGGGAAACAUCUGCAGGAUCUGCUGAUGAUUAUCAAUCAUCUGUUAGCAACAAAUCCACGUGUUCGACGGGGAAUUCUGCCUCUCCCAUUCUCAGUGGAGGUGGUCUGGCGAGUUAUACACCGAGCAAAGUCGACCUGACAUCCGAUGGAUUUGAAUUGGGCAUCACGAGAUCUGUCCACCCACCGACCACCGGAAGUGGUCAGCAAUGGGAGACAGAGGAUAGCACGACAGAUGGAGGAACACAGGAACACCUGGGGGACUCCACCGAGGCUGCCUGGGGGGCUGAAGCCACUGCUGAUCUCCUAUACUGAUCUGCUCUACUAAUAUUCAUUCAAUCGAAAUGAAUCAUCGGUGAAAUUCCAGUUCACUGAGAGAAUUCCCACGUUUCCCGGGAGGAUAAACAUCUUUUCUUCAUGCUAGAGGAACUUUUACGCUUCACUGGGGCUCAAAAUUCCUUCAUUCCUCCGUGAGGUAUCGAUUUUACUCAAUACGAUCGAUUAUAUUCGCUCCAGAAUCAAACAACACGCAUGAAAAAAAUUAUAGAAAAACCGCUCACUAAGCGAUUUUAUUUAAUUAUUAUUCGACGUCCACAAGAAUUCCGGGAAUUCUAUUGGAAUUCUAAUUAAAAAAUCCUCAGUUUCUUACGCUAUUUUUAUAGGAAAUUAUACAAAUUUUUCGUAUUAUUUAAUA